CUCAAAAUAAGCAAAAUAUGUAUGUCAAAAUAUAUGGUACUAAAUUGUAACCCCAAACCAAACUAACGGAAACAUAGCAAUCAGUAGAAAUGGUAGCAAUCUUUAACCAAUGAAAUGAAUGGAAAUCAUAUGUAAAUGGGAACAAAAGUGACAAACACUACAUGCACCUGAUUACUACAUUUUUCAAUUAUUGCGAUUAUUGCAGAUCAAAAUGAAAAAUUAAUUGUGUUGUUUUGCGUACUCGUUUGCAUAUAAGUGUGCCCUGUGUAUAUACUAUAAAACUACAAAUAUAAUAUUUAAUAAAAUGUCGACAAGUGUUCGAUAAAAGAAUUUGGAGAGUCGAAAAUCAAUUUAAAGUUCCAUAUGUGGGCUGGUUACUUUUAAACAAUAAUGGCUAAUACGUUAAAAAUAUCCGAGGCUGUUAUUAACAAACUAUCUACAAUCAACUUCACUUAUUCAGGAUGUUUGCACGGCAUAUUCUACAAGAAUUCUUUGCUUGUUUUGGGACUUCAUGUUGAAACUGAUGAGAAAGACGAAAUUAUUAACUCCUUGCCCACUGAAGUAGAUAUUUGUGGUGUAAUAGAUAUUAAUAGUGAAGAAAAUAAUGUUAAAGUGGAUGAUAUACUAAGAAAAGUUGAUAUAACAGACAAUCCUAUUUAUAUUUCUUUUAACAGUUCUUUAGAGAAUUCAAUUUCAGCUUAUUUUAUUGUUAAUGAUCAACUGAAAAGUGCAAAUUUUGAAAUUGUCAAACAAGCAAAUAUAUAUUCCGAAUUUGUUCAUGUUCGUUUGAGGGCAAGUUUGCCUAUUUAUACUGAACUCAACAUAGAUGCAAUCAAGGAAGCAUUUCUAACAUUGAGAAAGCAGUUUACUUCUGGACAAGUUGCAUUUAAUUUCCAGAAAUCAAAAGUAUACUUGGUAGGUCAUGACUUAGAAAACAGAUUAAUUGGACUAUCUGGGGAUCCAACAGUUGGAGAAUUGUGUGAUGAAUCCUAUGUCACAAAUGAAGGUCAAAUUAAUCAGAGAAAAAGGAAAAGCGGCCAAAAUAUACAACAGCAAGUUAUUGAAGUGUAUAUGUUCAAAAAAUCAACAAGAGAUUUUCCUGUGGAAGGUACCACUUUACAUGCACCUGUAGUGCAUGUUGAUAAAAAAACAUUCCAGUCCUUACAGUUAUGGGUUGAAGUUGAUGCUCUGUCUAUGGUUCAUGUGGAUAGUAAAGUUGUGAAUCUGUAUGAUAUAAUAGUGGAGAGUUCGUGUCGAAAUUUAAGGCUACAACAAAAUGCUUUUUUUAAAUUUUUUACCGAUUGCAUUGAGGAACAGGGCAAAAUAUCCAAUCUAAAAAUAUAUCACUUUUAUCCCGAAAGUUGUGGGCAUUUCGUCACCAAAGCAUAUCCAAAGAACUUUGCAGAUAUUGAUUUAGAAGAAGAACGAAGUCUUCUUCAUAAACAGUUGUUGUUGCCUGUAAAUCGGCCCAUAUUUCGUAAAUCUAACGUAUUUUUAUUUAGAAGUGAUAUACAGAUAGGUGGCCCUCUCAUAAAUCCACACGAAGGUUUAAUACAUACUGGAAAUGAAAAUGAAGUUGUCAUUGUGAGGGGAAAAUAUUUAUAUUAUCACUAUUGUCAAAAUAAAAUGGAUGAUAAUGGAUGGGGUUGUGCAUAUAGAUCUUUGCAGACGUUAGCCUCUUGGUUUCUUCUUCAGGGUUACACCUGUCGGCCUGUACCAACGUUUGAUGAAAUACAAAAGUGUCUGGUAGAUAUCGGCGAUAAAUCUAAUAGUUUUAUUGGUUCUAAACAGUGGAUUGGUUCCACUGAAGUUACAUUUGUUUUAAAUUCUUUGCUUGGGAUAACUUCUAAAAUAAUUUACGUAAGUUCUGGCGAAGAAUUAGCGACAAAAGGUCCCGAUUUAAUAAACCAUUUUAAAACUCAAGGAACCCCCAUAAUGAUUGGUGGUGGAGUUCUAGCUCAUACUAUUUUAGGUGUAGAUUAUAAUAGAAAAACUGGUGACAUUCAAUUUCUUGUUUUGGAUCCUCACUACACUGGACCGGAAGAUGUAGAGAUAAUUCAGAAGAAAGGGUGGUGUGGUUGGAAAGGAAUGAAUUUUUGGGAUAAAGGAUCAUAUUAUAAUAUGUGUCUUCCCCAAGCACCCACUUGCAUAUAAUUUUUGAUGGAAUAUUUUGUUUUUUAUACUUUUAAAACACUUAAUAAAUGGAUUAUACGGUUUUACA